AUGUGUUGCGCGUCAGGAAAAGUGCAACUACCUGAAAUUGAAACACCACCUGAACCAUUGAACGGCUUACUUAUCGGCACGGAUCCAGAUUCUAACGUGUUCCUGAAGUCAAUUCGAAGAUUCAAUUCAUGCUUUCAAAUGACAUCGUUCGGAGCAACAGAAAUAGUUCGAAAUACUAAUGCAAAUGGUCAACAAUUCAAUUCUACAUUCAAAAUCAGAGGCCAAGUUUAUCAUAAAAUGGGCUCACUGCUGCCAAUGCCAAACGAACCACAUAAAUUCUUACAAAUCUACUUUAUGGGCGGCGAGGAUUCCGGAAGCGCACUUGCGAAUCGCGUGAAUGCACGUUGUGAUUAUAAAAACCUUGAUUCACUUUAUGCCAGGCGCAUCGUCAGCGAGCUAGAUGCUCUUUUGAACGAGCACAACGAGUUGUUGAAAAUAUUCAAAUCACAUAUGCACCAAUUACAAAGCGAUAAUCACGCUAUCGUCAUUAAUCCUGAUAAAACACCAGCUGGAAAGCAUAUUCGUAGAUUCAAUGCACCCGUUGUUGAUGAUGUUGCUGAAAUCAUGGUUGGCGAUUGUACAGCUACACGAGAAAUUGUGAUUCGUAAAAGAAAUAAUAAUCUCCAGUUCAUUGCUGACACACAUCGUUCAUAUGACGCUCUCCAAUAUCCGCUAAUAUUCUGGAAGGGACAAGACGGAUAUUGCAUAAACAUAAAACAACGAGAUCGCGUAUCAGGAGCUGAAACAAACAAGAACGUUAGCUCAAAGGAUUAUUAUGCGUACCGAUUAAUGACUAAACGUGGCCUGGACAACGUCAUUUUACGAUGUCGUGAGCUUUGUCAACAAUUCAUGGUCGACAUGUACGCGAAGAUUGAGAGCGAACGACUACGAUACUUACGAUAUAAUCAACAAAAGCUGCGCGCGGAAGAGUACAUUCAUUUGCGAGACGCUAUCAACAACAACGCCGACGUCGCCGAAAUUGGUAACCAUGUCAUUUUACCAUCAUCGUACGUAGGCAGUCCACGUCAUAUGCAAGAAUAUAUACAGGAUGCUCUGACUUUCGUGCGCGAAUAUGGACGACCAUGUUUAUUUAUCACGUUCACAUGUAAUCCAAAAUGGCCAGAGAUUACAUCUUUGCUACUGCCUGGCCAAAAUGCAAUACAUUGCCAUGACAUUACAGCACGUGUGUUCAGACAAAAGUUGAAGUCUUUAAUAAGUUUCAUUACUAAAUCACAUGUAUUUGGUCCCACACGUUGCUGGAUGUAUUCGGUUGAGUGGCAAAAGCGAGGAUUACCUCAUGCACAUAUUUUGGUUUGGUUCAUCGACAAAAUCCGUCCUGAAGAAAUCGAUAGUAUCAUUUCUGCGGAAAUUCCAGAUCCAUCCACUGACCAACUGCUGUUUGAUAUUGUUACAACAAACAUGAUUCAUGGUCCAUGUGGUACUCUUAAUAGUUCAUCACCUUGCAUGGCUGAUGGAAAAUACAUUGAUAUUGACAAUCGUUGGGUGGUGCCAUAUUCGCCUCUGCUGAGCAAGACAUAUAAUGCUCAUAUUAAUGUUGAGUUCUGCAGUUCUGUGAAGAGCAUCAAAUACAUUUGCAAAGUGGAAAAUACUAAUGUGAAUGCUCCUCCGGUGAAUAAAAUCUGGGAAAUAAGUGUCUACCAAAUUGGUCGUUACAUCAGCUCCAAUGAAGCUGCUUGGCGUAUCUUUGGUUUUCCAAUUCAUGAACGGGAUCCAGCAGUUGUUCAGUUAGCCAUCCAUCUUGAAAACGGUCAGCGUGUAUUUUUCACGAACGAGACAGCGAUUGAUCGUGCAAUAAAUCCACCUAAAACUACACUCACUGCAUUUUUGAUUUGUGUAAUCGUGCGGAUGAUUUUGGUGCCUUUGCACGGACAUUACUUCAAUCCAAGACACACGGAGUGCUUUUAUCUUCGACUGUUGUUGGUUAAUGUUACUGGCCCAUUAUCAUUUCAAGAUAUACGUAAAGUGAAUGGGCAACAAUAUCCAACGUAUAAAGAUGCAUGCCUUGCACUCGGCUUGCUGGAAGACGACAACCAGUGGGAAUGCAUGCUUGCUGAAGCUGCAUUGAACUUUUCAGCUGGACAAGGUGGGUUCUUCUUUUUGGAUGCACCGGGUGGAACUGGCAAAACAUUCGUUAUUUCGCUAAUUCUUGCUGAAAUACGAUCAAAUAAUGGCAUCGCAUUGGCCGUUGCAUCAUCGGGCAUUGCAGCAACUUUAUUGGAUAGAGGUAGAACAGCUCAUUUAGUAUUUAAGCUGCCACUAAAUAUUCAGAAUAACCCUGACGCAGUAUGCAACAUUAAGAAACAAUCGUCCAUGGCCACUGUGCUGAAACGGUGUAAAAUUAUUAUUUGGGAUGAAUGUACUAUGGCACACAAACAUUCACUUAAUGUUGAACAGGACAUUGAAAGAUAUUAA